CAAUAAUGUCAGAUCAAAACCCACCCUGCCUCUACUGCUCCACACAAAUCCCAAAACUCCCCCUCCACUGCAAAAGUCCUGUCUGUCCCCCCUGCACUAAACAAUGGCUGCUACUUAAACUCACUUCCAACCAAGCCCCAUCUGCCCAUCACUACUCCUAAAUUCACCCUCUUAACAUGCUUUCACCCCAAAAUCCCCACUAACUCAUUAAAAUUUCUAAAACCCGCACAAUUCCACAAGCCCUAUCUCCUUAUUUUCUUAAUAAUUUGAAAUCAUGUGCUCGAAGAAGAGGAACUGUGAAGGAUCGUAGGAAGAGAAGUGGCUCAAAGAAAGAGGAGAGGAGAAGAAUGAGAGAACGAGGUGGUGCUGAGAUGCGGGAAUUUAGGAUGAAUGUAUGGGGAAAGGGUGGUUGUGGAGAAGGGAGAGCAGAGGAGGUGACCUGAGUGAGGGUAUGGGAUGAGGGAGGUUGCUUGGGUUGAGAAGGAGACUAGGGUUGGAGGUGGAGGAUUAGGGAGGGAGAUUUUGAAUGGGAUUUAUACACUUUGGGUGUUGAAGUUAUGCCCAAGGUGAGAAUCAGUGUAUACGCUGGUUUAUAGUGGAGAUCAUGGGAGAUGUAAAUAAGUGAAAGUAUAUUUAUUGAUUGUUUUGACUAGGUCCUUAUGAUUAUAGAUGAUAUCAUAGCCAAAUGUAUUGUCAAAUGCGAAACAUUAUAGUUGCAAUAUUUUUAUUAUUAGCUUGAGUUUCAGGAUAUUUUAAACUCAGUUAUUGCUGUGAUAUUUGGGCUGAAACUUGCGCUUUACUAUUUAAUAUUCUUAAUUUUGUGCUAUUCCACUUUCUGCUUCCGAAUAUGCUGCUAGUCGUGCUCUUGGGUCAUUUCAUACUGAUUUAUUAUAACAUGACAAUUCUCAAACUUCAAAAUCCAAUCUGAUCAAAACUUCUCAUAUACUUAUGAUUAAUAAUCGAAAUUGGAGGAAUCUACUGCGAAUAUUACCUAUGGAAAGAAAUAAUACAUUCUGACCAAUACUUUUACAUCCUCAAAUGAUUGCUCUUCGAAUUCAUCCCUCUGCUAUGCUUCUGCUGAUACUAAAUAGGUUUUGACUGUAAAGGAGAUUUUAGAUUUUAGAGGA